ACAGCGAUACAUAUUUCUACCGAUAACCUUUGGGUAAACACACCUGGGAUAUUGCUUUAUGGAAACCCCGAUAACGGGGAAAAGUCUGAAACUAUCAACAAAGCAUUUUGUUGCAGUUAUAGAGAAGUUCAGCUUUAUCUUUAUCCCACGAUAAAGGUACAAACCUGCCACGUGGUAUUAAGAAAGGGCAUUGGGGUGCAUGUGUGCAUGCAUACGUGGGGAGGACUGACAACGUAAAAGCUACACAGCAGUCACUUAACGUGUUAAAAGAACACCACAGUGAGACAGGGGUGACAGGAUUCCAAGUAAGCCAUCACAUAUAGAGCACGGCAAAAUACAAAGAUAUCUCAGCUGAAUCAGUUUGAGCUACUUUCAGAAAAUCGAAGAUAAACAGCAUCAAAUAAAAGUUCAGUGGACCCCUUCGAUAUUUCAUCGCCACACUAUUUAGCUACUCCUAGAAAUUAGGAUGGGACUGGCGCUGUGGCAGUACGUCGUCAUCAUCAUCGCCUCAGAAAUUGUGCUGGUCGCUCUGAUCCUCCUCUGUGUAUGGCAGUAUUGUAAGUGGGCAGUCAGAAAUGGACACAGGGAGAGGUCGGAUGAGAAGCCCCCACUAGUCCCUCUGUCAGACGAGGACAUGCUGAACGACCUAUUCUCAAACAAGGCCGUAGUAGAAUACGGUCAGCCGCCGUCCAAUCCGGGUUCGUUCCGCAUUAAUGAUUUCCCAAAACCUAUACGUCGACCAUUGAUGAUGAAACACCUACCGUCGGUCAGCGAGAAUACUCCCGCUAUAGAGAUGAGUAACCUGCCUCCAGCGUAUGCAAGCCGAGAGGUGUCCUACAUAUCGCUUAACUCGAAGGCUCGGGGAUCUUCGGCAGAAACCGCAGGAGACGAGUCAUCUGAUUGGUUGGAUACACAAUUUCCGGUUCGAUUGUCCGUGACUCCGGUGGAAUCGGAUGACGAUAGAUCGGUUCCAAUAGUACGUCCACAGAUGAGGAAGCAAUCACCCCUGCCAGGUGUGGAAACGUCCGGUAAUUCAAGAGAGCGGUACUAAUGACAGACAUGUGGACGGCGACAAUACCGACAAAGUAAGUGGACGGGUCAGAUUUGAGACAUUAUGGCUGCCAGGCAAAAACCGGAAGAAGAAUAAAGUUACCGAUAAUUGAUUGAACACACCGGCAAAAAGGACAAUGGCAGUACCAGAUCAAUGUUUUCUUUUUCUUAUUUAAUUGCAUAACUGUGAUAUGUCGGGGUUGAGUUGGGUUGGGGUGGAACGGGGUGUUGGAUGGAAGGGGAUAAAGUGAAGGGGAUGGAGAACGAAACUAUUUAUUUGUUGCACACGAUUUUAAAUGCAACGUUAAAUUUAUUCUUAAUUUUUACAAAUAUGUUAUGUAUUGUUGACUGUAUGAGCAUUUUUUAAUAAGAGUAAAACAACGUACACAUCACACAAGAGGGGCUAUUGAGACAUUGUUAGACUAGGUUUUGUACGAGGGCAACAUCCUUCUUUUUAACAAUUGUCAUUGUAAUAAAGGGGGUCUUAAGACUGAACAUGUAGAUACCAGAGAAUGAAACGAAAAUUUGGUCAGGACACCGUUACAAUCUAGCUGCUCCAAAAGAUAAACAGUUGUUACAUAUACCUACUAAAUUCGAUCAGAUUAUAAUCGCUAUAAAUCACUAAAGGUUCAUCAAGCCCCCUUAAACACGUCUCGAAAACUAUUCAAACCCCCUUAUACGUCAUUUUCACCUACUCGAUUAAGCAUAGAAAUUCAUAUAAUUGAACUUGUAUAUUAACUAUUCAAAUGGUGCCUAGCGAGGUUAACGUAGUCGAUACUACGGCUUGACUUUGGCAUAUGAAUGAACUUUAAUAACAUGUCAUUUCGUAGCAUUCAGUUAGUUUUGAUUGAAAAUUCAAUAGGUCCGGUUAAUAUUUUGCCUUAACGUCAAUUUCUAGCGUUGGUACGACGUCUGACGAUUGCCCACGUCGCAACCAAGAUACAACGUUGUACCAAUGUAAAUACAUUUGUACAACGUUAUGUGCCCACUGGGUAAUUAUUGAUUACGUUGACCUUGCUCUGUUCCAUUUUGAUAACUAAUGCACAAGUUGAUUUUAUUCAAAUUAUAUACAUAAGUUCCGAAUUUAAAUUGGGUCUUUGAAUCUGACUUAUAAGAGGGUUGCACUUAAGGGCAGAUAUACCAUCUUUUAGUGGGCUUGUUUCGAACCUUAAACCAUAUGAAGCAACGACGGAGCUAGACGAAUAUGUUAUAUAUCACAUAGUGACUUCAUUAUUUACACAACGAAAUGAUGUUAAACAUUGUACCAGCUUCCCAAUGGACAGCGAGGAAUGGUUGAAGAUUUCAAUGAGCAACUACCAAUCGUGUUUUCAGUCUACAUCAUCUAUCAUCUUUAUCCAGUGAUAAACACAUUAUUUUCUAUUUCGAUUACAUUUAAGGAUUAGAAUCAACCAGAUAAAUAUACAACACAUCAUAUGUAAAUUGCAUUGUUUCGAUGUAUUAAUAAUAGUGUGUAAUUCAAUUGCUGAGGGGCGCUAAAUCACUGAAGAUACCGGUACGGAUUCUAGAGUUGAUCGCCUCAAUUAACACAUUAAAUUUUAAACGACAAGAUCAGUGUUCAAUGUUACUAUGAGUUAAGAGCGGAUGGUGACAAAACAGUUUUAAGAAUAUUGCUAAAAAUGUUUACUACAUACCUUUGCUGCGUGUAUAACAUCAUUCAUAUUGUAGGUUAUUUCUACAUUUAUUUUUGUUUAUUAUUUUCAUUUGUCAUGUUUGAAAUAUUGCAAUAAAACAUCGAUUUUUCUACGGUUUGUAGACAUCACUGCUUUAGAUGCA